CCCUCGGACGCCCACCCCCAACUGGAACCCCCAAAGAAGCAUUCUUGGACAAGGAUGAAAACCUUCCUUCCCCUCCUCUUCUGGGCCCUCCUACCCCUGGUCUCCCAGAGCCCAGUUCACUCCCCCCAGGCCUUGCUGCAGCUCCUGGGGGAGGAUCUGGCUGCUUUGCUGUCGAGCAACGAGCGGGACCCCCCUUUGGUCCCCCAGAGCUCCCUCUCCCAGCUCCUGAGCAGGCAGCCUCUCCCCCGGGAGCCCCCCAGUCCCCCCUUGGAACACCCCUGGCUCCACCUCCUCAAAGAUUUUGCAAACACCCCAAAGAAGUUCCGAGGACACAGCAAGAAAAUGGCCCAGCAAGGGUGCUUUGGCAUCAAGCUCGACCGGAUCGGGACCUUCAGCGGCCUGGGGUGCUAA